AUGUCUGCUGACGGGGCAUCCAAGCCCGCAGUGCUGAUUAUUGGCGGUCUUGAACUUCGUAUUGUCGACAAGGUGUUACCCCAGCUGGCGUGGCUAGCACCAGAGUUCGAGGAGGCGUGUUCAAAAGACCGAUUUGUCCAGGCCGACGCUAGUCGUGAGCAAUCCUACCCCCGCAUCUUCGACAGGGCCAACGGCCAGCAGUUUGAUUAUGUGAUCAAUUGCGCCGGGGAAACGAGAUUUUCACAGCCUGACGAGGUCUAUCAACUACGCAGCCAUGCCUUGUCGGUAGGGCUGGGAAAGGAGGCUGCGAAAAGAGGGGUUCGUGCCUUCAUCGAAUGCUCCACCGCCAUGGUUUACAAGAGCGGCUCCACCCCGCGAAAGGAGGAUGACAAGACACAGCCGUGGAACAAGCUCUCCGAAUGGAAGCUGAAGGCCGGCGAGGACCUGCGCAAGAUCCCCGGUCUCAAUCUGUGCAUCCUGAGGUUCCCUCAUGUGUAUGGUGAAUAUUGUCAGGGCUAUUUUGCCACUGGCCUCUGUCUUGGGCGGGUGUACAAGUCCCUCGACAGAGACUUUGAGAUGCUCUACACCAAAGAUCUGAAGAUCAACACGUUGUGGGUCAAGGAUGCUGCCCGUGCUAUCUGGACUGCCGCAGAAUGGCGAGCGAGCAAAGGGACUGUCGAGCCUGGUGACGAGUCUGUUCCUGUGGUAUUUAACGUCGUGGAUCACAACGAUACCUCUCAAGGACACAUCGCGGACGCAUUGUCGGCCGUCUUCGAUCUCAAAUGUUCGUUCCUGGGCUCGCUGGCCUCUCAACUCGCAAAGCUGAGCCUGGACGAUGUUGUCGAUGACAUGAACGAGUUAGUUCUUCAGGGGUGGGCUGACCUGCUGAACGAGAAGCAGAUCACUCGACCAGGGCCCAUUAGCCCGUUCCUGGAGAAGGACAUGCUCAAGGACCAGGACCUGUCUAUCGAUGGCACGCUCUUCGAGAAGACCACGGGAUUCAAACCAGAGAGGGAGGCGUUCGACGUCAAUGCCAUGAAGGAAAUCAUCGACAGCUACCAACGCAUGGGAUGGUGGCCAUAA